GUCUGAUUUGCGAGCUUUUAUAUCUCCGGUCUUCAAAUCUGGAACAAGGAGAAGAGUAGUAGUAUUUGAUGGAGGAGGAAAAUCAAGCGGUCAUCAAUGGAGAUGAUUCUCUUGAAAAUAGGCCUGGAAUCUUCAUGAUCGGAUCUCCCAACGUCGGCAAGCGUACUCUCCUCUCCAGACUAACCUCUGUGGAUUUUGAAGAUGCUUCCGAUUCAUCGACAGAUGUGCUUGCCCAUGGGUGGACUAUCAACACUAAGUAUUAUACAGCUGAUGUUUCUAUAUGGCUGUCGCAUCUUCACAAUAACUUCUCUAUUGGCUCUCUAGCAACACAGGAGCAAUUGGCAGCCCUGGUGAUGGUUUUUGAUAUAAGCAAUUUAACUUCUUUUCGUGCUCUUAAAGAAUGGGUUGCUCUUAAUGAUAUUAAGAAGUUUGAUAUUCUUAUAUGCAUUGGGAAUAAAGUGGAUCUUCUUCCUGGACAUGCGGCUCACAUUGAGUAUAGAAGGUAUCUGCAGAGAAAAGGAAAUUCUUUCCUGAGUCCUUCUUGUGUUGAGUCCUCGGAUUAUGGGAUAGAUGAGAGUGAAGGAGUUAGCCUACUUGGAGGAGAGGGAGACGAAGAAGACUCAUCAUGGCAUAUUAAGAGAUCGUGUAUGGAAUGGUGCAGUGAACUCAACGUCGAAUACAUUGAAGCAUGUGCAUCUAAUGCUGAUUUUGACAAAUGUUUAUCAGUUGAUGGUGAUUUGCAAGGAGUUGAAAGACUCUAUGGUGCUCUUUCAGCUCAUAUGUGGCCCGGGAUGGUCUUAAAAUCUGGUGAAAAGAUAACCCAACUAUCAUUGCCAGAUGAGCCAGAGAUGUCGGAAGUGGAAUCUGAUUACGAAUUUGAGUACCAAGUGUUAUCGGCUGGCUCAGCAGAAGAAGAAUGGGACGAAACUGCUAGUGGAUGGGUAACUGCCAACGAUUGCUCCUCCUCCUCGUCAUUCAGUCAGAGUAGGACUACUGAUGUCAAGCCGGAGUCUGGUGCUGGUGAAGAGACAAAAACCAGUUCAGAUGGAAUAGAGCAAUCUGAAUCAUCAGACAGUCGUGUGGCAUUAGUAACAUCAGAGGAGACACGAGAAGAAGCUGCAGCAUCAGUGGAGACACGAGAAGAAGCUGCAGCAUCAGUGGAGACACGAGAAGAAGCUACAGCAUCAGUGGAAACGCUAGAAGGAGCUGCAGCAUCGGCACCCAAAGAAGAUAAACAAUACCAGUUUGAGGAUUUGGAACAUUUGAUGUCUGAGAUUGGAAAUGUCAGGAAUAACCUCAGAUUGAUGCCCGAUUUCCAAAGGCGGGAAAUGGCUGCCACAUUGGCCCUUAAAAUGGCUGCAAUGUUUGGCGAUGACGAAAGCGAUGGUGAAGGAGAUGUCGAACAUACUAUUUAAGCAUAUAGAUGUUUUGAAUGGAGCCAAUUCCAGUUAUAUAUGGUUUCUCUAUAGUUUUGCAAUUUUUUUUUGGCAUUGUAACACAUUAUAGUUAUUUAAGUUAAGUUAUUGGUAAGUUUCAUACAACUUUAUAAACAUUAUUGUUCAUUUUUCAAAUAC